AAUCGAGGUUGGUAUCGGGCAGCAUAGUGAGUCGCGCGAUCCGUUCAUUCGGGUUCGCACGGCUCGCAUCGUCACAGAUCGGGUACGUGCUGCUGUUGCUGUUGCUGUUGUUGCUGUUGUUACUGUUGUUACUGCACUACAUCUGCAUCCUGCUCUACAAAGGGCUUCUUUGUUGAAGCAUUUCAUAUCGUUUUCUGCUCGUCUUAUUAUUACCUGUUACCUUUUUUUUUUUUUAUUUUAUUUUAUUUCUUCUUCUUCUUUCCUUCCUCUUACUUGUGUACUAUUAUCAGCUAACGAGAGAGAGAGAGAGAAAGAUAUAUAUAUCUCGAAAAGGAUGACAAUCAGCAUGCCGUUGAAAUUUCUUUUCUUAUCGCACACUUGGAGAAGUGUAACUCAAUUUUAAAUAAAGUGGACUGUAACGAAAGUACGAUUUAAUUUGAUCGACUCUUGUGUCCCUUUGUAAUCGUUUUACAAAAGGUGGUAUUACACGUUUAACAUUUGAAGAUGCAAUUUGAAACUUGAAAAGUGGAUAACUACGUUUGGAAAAAAUAAUAUGAAAAAUAAUCGAUUGAUUGGUGGUGUUUGUUUCGUGUGGUUAUACGAAUGAUACAAAUUUAUUUCGAAUAUCUAUAGACGAGUGUUAUCCAGCAUAUAUUAAGUGAUUAACAAAAUACUUUAGUUUUCAUUAAUUAAUCAAUUUUCUAUUUGAUUUUUAUCCUAAUAAGAAUCAUUGAGUGUGUUUCGUUCUUGGAUCUAUUUGAUGAGGUCUAGUUAGUUAGUUUAUUUUCCCGCUCAGAGACGGGAUCUGUGCGUUGAAGAGGCAAACGGAGAAGCAAGAAGCAACGAUAUACAUUUUGUGCUUUGUGCGUGUGUGUGUGUGUGCGCGUACACGCGCGAGUGUUUGUACAUCGGUUUACUCAGUGUCUUAUCAGUGUACUUCCUUCCUUUCCUCUCCUCUUUCUCUUUUUCUUUUUCGAUGAUGUUGCUAAACAAUCUUAAUAAUGUAACUUCGAUAUUCGUAAAUCGUUUGUACAAUCAUUUUUCGAAUAUCGUGCCAUUGUGUUCGUAUAUUCGUGGAAUAUGAAUUAUUAUUAAAAAUUCUUCACAGGAGAAACUUUUAUCCGAUUAACAAUAAUUAUAUCUCCGGUUAGAAGAGUUUUUAACGAAGUUUAAGUUUUUAACUAUAAAGUAUAGAUGCAUGUACUAAAAUGAUCGGUAUGCGUUGAUUUUCGUUUAUUGAUAAUAACGUUGAUAACGAGUUGACAAGAUCGCAUGAUAACGCAUCAAACUCACGGGAUGAUUCGCGGUUUUGUUAUUAUACCAAAUAUAGGAAAUCGUUAUAUUAUAUUUAUGUAACGUCGUUCGCGGUUCUAUCGGUGUAUUCUGUAUUUCGUGUGUGUGCGUGAUCCGUGUAACGGGGACACGUGGCCAGUAUGACUCUCAAAGGUCACAUUAUCGUUAGCGAUAUUUAGACCGUUGGAUCUAAUGGGCCGACGUUUAACAGGCUAUAGUCAGCUAACGUGCGUCCAUUUAAUAUACACACCCUGUACGUAUGCGUUUGUUUCACAACACGGUGUCAGAUUACUAUAGCAUUCAUCCCUUUCACCCUCAUCGUUGCAAAGUUCGUCGUUGAUCAUUCUUGCACACGGUACCACCUUCCUCCAUUCGUUGCUCAUUCGUUUCUGUCUCCAUCGGUCUUCCGUGGAAGUGCCGUGAAAUACGAAGAAGCAUGAACUCGAGCAGAAUGUUCUCUUUUCCGAGGCUAAUUAAUUUGCAUUUCACCAUUGAUGAUUACAACGAGUUAGUGGAUUUAAGAGAACGAUUGCCCGGCGAAUAUUCUGGAUUAAAAUUAAAGGGCUUUCUUACUGAGACAGUGUACGUAUGUGUGUAGUGCCAGAUGCUAGUUAAGUGAUAUUUGUGCGAGAGAUAGAAAGGAAUAUAUAUAUACUCAAUAUACAUAGAACAACGUGUAUAUUGUAUCAGUGUGUCGGGAACAGUUGAAUUGUUCUCGUAAUUUCCGUCUCCCUGGUCAACCUUAAUCUGGUUGCAUCGUUAUUUGCUAAAGGGGGAAUGAAGGACAGUACGUAGGGACUGGUCCUUCUCGUUUUGGAGAUGUGCCGCUAUCUACAGCACACUACCACCCUCGCCCUCCCCCUCGUACUUUUGGCGAUUCAUGCGAUCACCGUUGUACGAGCUGGCGAACAAGAGAGGGAAGUCUGGUAUGAAGGAGCUAGGAGAGCGAUCGAGGCACGAAUCCGUGCUGCUACGAACUCAAACGGGGCAGGACCAGGAACAGGGGGUGGAAACACACCACCGAGUGCCGUAGCACGUGGGGUCGUUCUUUUUGUUGGCGACGGCAUGGGCAUGAGCACUCUCACAGCUGCGAGAAUACUUUCGGGUCAACGUCAUGGAAAUACUGGGGAGGAAGCUCAGCUUGCAUGGGACAGCUUCCCAGCCGUGGCCCUUUCUCGGACAUAUAACAUGGAUGCGCAAGUCGGCGAAUCAUCGGCGUGCGCGACAGCUUUGCUUUGUGGCGUUAAAGCGAAUUACGAAACAGUAGGUUUGGAUUCUUCGGCUCGUUUCGAAAAUUGUUACUCGAGUUUCGACGCGCACGUGCCAUCGCUCAUAAAUUGGGCACAGGGCCAAGGUAAAUCUACGGGAUUGGUUACGACCACAAGAGUCACGCACGCAACACCAGCGGCCCUUUACGCUCAUGCGGCAAGCCGUUAUUGGGAAGACGAUGGCAAAGUACCAUCUGCUUCUCGUCCUUCCUGCAAGGAUAUCGCACGACAACUUCUCGAAGACGAGCCUGGUCGUAAUAUCAAUGUAAUUCUUGGUGGUGGAAGGCGUCAUUUUGUUCCCAAAGUGACAUUGGAUCCGGAAGAACCUGACAAAGAAGGCAGAAGAUUAGAUGGAAGAAAUCUAAUCGAGGAAUGGUCUCGUAAUAAUCGUAUACGAAAAGUUUCCUCAAGAUACGUCUCCAAUAAGGAACAAUUCGACAGUGUUGAUCCACGACAAGUUAAUUACUUGUUAGGACUAUUCGCUUAUUCUCACAUGGACUUUGAUGUGGAUCGCAACACGAACAGUACUGGGGAUCCUUCUCUGACAGAGAUGACCUUAAAGGCAUUGCAUAUUCUCGCGAAGAAUCCGGAAGGAUACUUUCUCUUUGUGGAGGGUGGUAGAAUAGACCAUGCCCACCAUUACAAUAACGCUUAUCGCGCCCUAGACGAAACCUUAGCGUUGGAAAAAGCAGUUCGAGCAGUCAUGAAGGAAGUUGACCUUACGGAAACUCUGAUCGUCGUGACGGCCGAUCAUUCUCACGUUUUAACUCUUGGUGGUUUGGCAACGCAUCGUGGCAAUCCUAUACUGGGUUCUGACAGCAAGGUGUCGGAUGUUGAUGGACAACCCUACACGACGCUGCUUUACAGCAAUGGUCCCGGAUACACGCAACCACGAAAUAUUCUACGUGAUGCCGGCAAGGAUUCCAUACAGACAGCAGGAGUUCCACGAGCUUGGGCGACACAUGGAGGUGAAGACGUGCCAGUGUUUGCGAUUGGUCCACUUGCGAGCAUCCUCUUCUCAGGCAGCAUUGACCAAAGUUACAUACCACACGCGAUUUCGUACGCUGCCUGCUUAGCCCAUCAGGCAAGUCGUUGUUCUCGAGACGAUAAUAACAGUAUCGGUAGCAACGACACGAUGAAUGUACCGAUAAGCUGUCCUUCGGCGGAACCGAACAGUGCAGCGAUAUCGAGCGACGUGAUGAACGAUCAGGCACGAAAUCCUAGCACGAAAUCCAUCGCUUCCCGACCACCUAGCAAACCCCGACAACCCCUCGACGAUCUUCUCUUUGCUCUCCUCUUACCCUGCCUCGUUGUAAACCUCCAACGAGUUUUCCACCUACCCCUUUCUAUCGACUAACCUGUUUCCUACUAGUAUUCGCUUUACUCACCCUUCUAUCACCACUACCAUCACCACCACUACCAUCACCACCACUACCACCAUCACCACUACCACCAUCACUCUAUCAUCCUACUUGCUUGCCUGCCUGCCUGCCUGCCUGCCUGCCUGCCUACUUGCCUGUUGGCUCUCUUUCAACCCUAACAGGCUUUCAUGUCCCAUCGGAUGAACAAGAGCAGCCUCGAUCUAGCCUGCGUAUAAUCUCCUUUGAUCGUGCCCAUUCCAAGAGACACUACCUACUGACCACGAGAGCGUGACUCUUCAAGGGGUGAAAGCCUGAUAAAAGGGAGAAAACUUGAUAAAUAACGAAUCGAGUUCGUCGAACCCUAAUCUCCGCUUAUUUCUUACAUUACGAUAUUCAUUUUAUUCGGCUGGAAAUAUGGCUCGAUCAUGGGGAAAACGAUGACGCUGAUGUAUUAUAACAUUUCAUGGUUUCGUUUUAGGACAAAUUCUAUUUAAAUAGAAUUCAUUAUCUCAUUCGAGAGAGAUGAGAUAAUAUGUUGUGUAUAAUAAUAUUAAUAAUAGAAAGAUAAGGAAUAUGAGUUGGACUUGUUGGGAAUGUUUGUUCGUUAUUAUUAUAAAAAAAAAAGAAAAAAAAGAAAAGGAAUUUAAUUGAAGAGUCAUUUGUGUAUUAUGUGCGUUCAGCUCUGGAUAGAAUUUCAUAGAUCGAGCUUUCAUCUGAUAAGUAUUAUUAACCCUUAAAUACAUAUGUGGUAGCAGAAUUAUCAUAUAUAUUAAUAUUUAAUAUAACUUAUCACGCGCGCAAUUUAACAUAUCUAAUUGUAUAUGUAAAACAAUUUAGUUUUCUCGUUAAAUUUCGUCAAAAUAAACUAUGAUAAUAUACAAUAUAUCAAUUAUUUUCAUUUUAAUAAUUAUUUAAUAACUCUAAUAAUAAUAUUACGUUCAUUUAAAAUAUCAACAUAAUUAAGUAAUGCAUUAAAGGGUUAAAAUAAAUUUUGUCAACUUGUAGUCUUCGCAUAUGACAUGGAAAUAAAAAAAGAAAAUGAUCUCGAGAGAUCUCUGUCCAGAGUUAUAAUACAAUAAAAGAACAAGUAAUAUAAUCACGAUCGGAUAAUCUUCGUGAUUAGAUGUAUCUUUUUAACUUCGAAGGACAACGACAACCUACGAAGAGUAACUAUGUAAAGAAAGUUUAAGUAGUACUCAAUAUAUAAAUCGAAAAAAAGAAAUUAAAGAAAAAUAAAACAGGGUCGAGUGAAAAAGAGAAGAAAAAGAAGAA